AUGUCAUCCGGCAGACGUGGACCCGUCGGUGGCCUCAUCGGCAUGCUAGGCAAGGACGUAGGCGCAGCAGCCGAAUACCGUGAGCACCGCAAGCAGCAGAAGCAGAACCAGGACCAGCUCUCCCGCGAGAAGUCGCAGCAAGGGGAUCAGAAUCAGAGCGUGGAAGCUGCCAGGUCUUCUGCUGCCUCGUCGGCCCUGCCGCCCCAGUAUGGCGAAGCGGUGACGAGUGAGGAGGGCAUGGAGCAUUCCUCUGUCGCCUCCAGAGGCGGUCCGCCAGCGAGGGACGACGGGAAAGCUGCAAUGUCUCACCACCAUAAGGUCGAAGACGACGACGACGAUAACGAUGACGAUGUGCUUUCAGUGGAAGAUGACGAAGAAGUCUGGGAGCUCGACGAGGCCAUGGAGCCUGCGGGUGAAUCUGGUGGAGCUCAUCAGGUCCCUCCUUCAUACGGGCAGAGCGAGGCCGACUACCGCACGACCGACGAGCUGGUGGAAGACGUCAUGCGCACCAGCAGAAGAGCAGCGGCUUCCUCUGGUGGAAUGCCUAAGGUUAGGGUGCGCCAACCUCUGCCCUUACCCGUGAUCAUCCCCCAGCGCCGCCCUCGCACGAAGGCACGGGUUUGGGUCCACGCCUACGCACCAGCACUAGAAAAUUGCGGUAUCAGCCAGGAGACCUUCAUGGCGUUCCUCGACAACUUCGACAAGGACUCGAAGGCCUCGCCUGUCUUUGCCGUCUUUGCCGUCAUCGCGGUCUCGGCCGGUAUCGCCGGCCUUGCGCCGUCGAUGAUUGUCAUGGCGGUUACUACGGCGGUGCAGCUGGCCGCGCAGAAGGGGGCUGACUACCAGCGCCGCCAGCGAACGAACGGCUUUCUGGAUUGGAUGAACGCGGAGCUGUUCCGGCCGGCGGGGCUUUAUGCUUUUAUCAUGAAGUACGAGGCUGAUGCGGAUGGUGAGAAUGACAACAACAACAACAGCAGCUCUCGCGGCCUAAGCGACCGUCUAAAUGACUUCCGGCUCGCAUCAGGGACAACGCAGGACUCAAUACAACUCCCUGAAGCCGCGCCGCUCAUCUUCCCGGCCAUCGACCGAGCCAUAGUCAGAAACGGGGCGGCAGAAGAGACGUUCAAGGACAAGGUCAAGGACGCCAAGAUGUUCCUCGCCGACUACAUGGACCGCAGGGCGCACAUGGCGUACGCGAGCCAGGAUCCGAAUUCCAGCCUCGCGCUGCCGGAGGAGCAGAGGGCGUUCAUGAGUACGCUGGCGGACCCUAACCACCCGAUGUACCACGGUGGACUUGUGGGGUUCGUGUCUGGGGGUAAUGUUAGUGUGCGGGCUGGUAGGCGGCGGCGGAGGGAUGGGAGGCAAGAGCUUGGGGAGGGUUUGAGCAAGAUGGAGCAGGCGAGGUAUGAGCAAUAUGUUCCCGAGCAGGAGGAGAUAACUCUGGGAGGCAGGAGGGGCCUUAGAGGUGGUUCUCGGAGUCCGCUGGGCGGGAGAAGCCCGUUGAGCGGGAGAGGGCACGGCUGUGGGCGGGGACGGGGACGUGGCGGCAGGGGACGGCGCGGCGGUGGUGGUGGCGGGCCUCUCGGUCUCGUGUCCGGCUUGAUCGGCUCCGCUGUCAAUGCGGCAUCGGGAAGUGCCGGUGGGACGCAGUCUGCGCAGGAGAAUGCUGCGUAUGCCGAUCCGUAUGCCCAAGGUCAUGGCCACGCAGAGUAUGGUGAUGAUGCACGGAGCAGGGAGUUCGAGGGCACAUACGAAGACGACCGUCUCGGUCUUGGGAGCGGCGGGGGGUCUGCAUACCGUGACGAUUUGCGACGGAGGUCCUACUAUGCCCGAGACGCCUACGGAAGAUCUACCCCCGCACAGGGAGAUGAACGCCUUGGAAGUUCGUCAUCGUCAGCUUAUCACAGCGAAUAUGAUUCGCGACAACAGAGGCCGUCGUCGUCGCACGACCCACGAAUCGUGUCUGGAGGAUCUGCUGUCGGGAGUCAACAGUAUGGGAGCAACCGCCGCCGAAAUGCGGGCAAUAAGUCAGGCCGCGGAGACCCGAUUGGUGCUGUGAAGAGGAUGAUGAGGGAGGAUGUGCUGCAUUUGAUGAUCGUAAACAUGCCGAGUGAGGCUGAGUUGGCGGAGGCGAGGGCCGAGAUGGCGAAGUAG